AAAAAAAAAAUUUUUUUUUCAACCGAGGCAGAAAAGAAAAAGUUUUCAUCGAGAAUCGAAGUUGGCAAAAAAGAGGUUGAAAAAAAUUAAAUUGUGGAAAUUGUGGCCGACUUUGGAGCACUUAAAGUGAAUGAAAUUGACAAUGAGUAUCGCGUGAAUCGAGUGAAAGUGACGAAAUUUUAAGAUUUCAAGUCAAUGACGAGAAAUAAAAGAUUGAAAAAAUUUUUUUUUCACUUUGCUCACCCACAAAUAAAAAAUAUUUUUUGCUUUUAAAUCAAGACAAAAAAAUAAAAUCGAAGCUCGGCGAGCUGAAAAUUUUGUGAAAUUUCGGAAAAUUCAUUCAAAUUGUGUGAAAAGUUCAAUUUUAAAUGUGAAAAAAAAGAGAAGAAAAAAAUUUCUUAGUGAAAAAAAAAAGUUGAAUCAGAAUUUCGGUGAAGUGGAAAAAAAUAUGAAAAUCAGCGAAUUGUGAGAAAAGAGAGAGAAAAUUAUAAAAAAAAUUAAACUUGUGAGCCAUUAAAGGAAUUGAGCAAACAAUUGCACCCUAAAAUAGCGAAUUAAACAUGGAAUAAGUUCAUCAAAAGUGUCAAAAAAAUUGAGUGAAAAGUGAAAAUUAUAAAAUAUAAAAAAAUAAGCUUAAAAUUUAAAAAAAAUUCAUCCAACCUGAAAUAUUAAUCGAAUUUAUCUGUCAACUUUUUUGCUAAUAAACCUGAAAGUUCUACUAUUAAGUCUAUCAUAAAUUGUUGCAAUAUUCAUCAAAAUAAUCUUAAAAUAAUAAAAAGUCCCACAAAUGCUGAAGUAAAAAACACAAAAAAACCGCAGCAGCAACAACAAAUAAAAAAAACUCAACAAAACGUAAAGAAUUUCUUCUGAGAGAUCCAGACUUAAGCCAACAAUCAGUUCACACAAAAAGAAAUUGGUCAAAACCAUCCCCAUCAGCAUCGACCUUGACAACAAGACAAAGCAAGUGUUCAAGCACCAAUCAUCAUAAUCGAUAUUUCAUCACAAAACCCAACCCAAACUGUCAAAAUAAAAAGUCUCAAAUUUCCAUCAUUUAAAAUAGUCUACAGAGAAUGUCAACAACGAUGCGUCCGACACUUCAGACAGUACCCGAAUCAUUACCAGCGGAUCAUGUGACGCAACCAGCUCAAGCGACACCAACGACACCAGCACAAACGACAAAUGGUGAAAAGAGUCAUCCAACGACGCAAGCAACGCCAGUUGUACCGACACCGACUGUAAAUUUGAAGCCGAGAAGCACAAGCUCAAGGUUAUCCGAUGAGUCACAACAAUGUCCGUACUCGAAGUUUGUAAGCUAUUCAAAGCAUCCAUCAAUUAUGCGUGUUCAAUUUUUCUUUUUUAUUGUUUCACAGAAUGGAAUUUAA